CUCGACCACCGCUUGAACUCGAGUGCGCUCACGAUCGCUCGCACCUUGUGAACCAUCUCCAACUCAUCUUUCUCCCUACUCUACCCACACCCGUCUCCCACGAUGGCCACGCAAAACGCUGUCGCCGGGCCUUCCAAGGCCCGCGACCCCGUCCCCGUCAAAGGCUACAACUACGAAGAGGACUUUGAAGAGCCCGACCACCCGCAGAAGCGGUACUACAUCACGGUCCCCUCCACAAUGCUAGCCAGCACACCGAUGGCCGCGACGAUCGGCUUUUUUCUCGGAGCGCGGCGCGGCGCCGUCCGCGCCCGCCUGCGCUUCCUCGCCGAAAACGCACACCGCCAACCUACGACCGUGCAGGGCUGGUACUUUUACACCAAGACGCGCAACUACCGCGUAUUCUUCGCCGCGUGCAAGUACGGUGCGCGGUAUGCGCUGGGCCUCGGCGCCGCCGCGCUCGCGUUCACCACGGCAGAGGAGUACAUUGGAUACACGCGCGAAAAGUACUUCCCGAAGGCGAGCGACGCGUUCGCAACGCCCAAAGACCCCAAGCGCACGAGUUGGCGCGCGGGCCCGCCACAUAUCGAGGACGGGAUGUUGGCGGGGAGCUUGUUGACGUUCUUUGCUGGCUUGGCAUACCGCCUCCCGAACCCGCUGCUCAUUCGCGGCGUCCUUGUGGGCUUUACGCUCGGGUCCAUCUUUUCGGGCGGCCUCAUCGUGCAGGACAAACUGGCGUAUUCGAUCCGCAUGAAGCAGGCCGCGGACGAGGCGACAGAGGAGGUCCUCGACGAGAACCCUGUGCCAGCGCGCCCGACGGGGGCCGAGCUCGAGAACAAGGCGAAGGAGGAAGAUGCGCUCGCCCCCGGAGCCAUGGCAGACGGGUCGUCAGAGGAGCUCGGCUGGAUUGAGUGGGCGAUGCACAAGGCCGGUCUUGGCGGGGGAGCCGCGGACACGCGCGACCAGGCGGACAAGGGGGACAAGGGCAAGAAGGCAUAGAUCAUAUACAUGCAUGUCGUUACA